AAAAUAGACAGUAUUGCUUCUUAAAUAAUUUUAAAUUUAUUUUACUUUUCUCAUGGCUUUUAAAAAAUGGCAUCAGUUAAUCGACACGUCGGUUUGCGUUUCUUGAGAAGACCGGUCGGUCUGUAAAUUUGUUGAAUGUAAACAUGACUUUUUACAAACAAUUCCUAGGCAUACUUUGCAUUUUUAUCUCCUUACUUUUCGCUUGUAAUGCACUUACACCUUCCACGUUUCUCACUAACGCUGACCAGCAAAGACUUAAGAAAAUAUUAUCAUCCGCUUUUCCUCUGAAUGAUCUUACAACUGCUCACUAUGCUGUUCUAGGUUAUACAUUACUUAAUGAAAAGUUGCCUGAAGAUCCAUGCAGGUUUUUUGACUCCAAGAUUGACAAAAAACGUUUGGAAACACUUUUUCAUGCAACUAGUGGUGGAAAGCUUGCAAAUUGCAAACUGACAACUACUGGAUUACAACAAGCUUUGGAUUCUGCAAUAGCUGAAGAUUCACCAAUGCAAGAUAUUUAUCAUGCUGUAUUAUCAUUAAAAAACUUGAAUUUGAAAACUGAUUCUGCGAAGGUGUCUAAAGUUUUAACUGCCGCUUUGAAACGGGAUGAUAGUGUCAUAAACCUUGCAUAUGCAUUCCAUGUUGCUUCUGUUCUGCCUGGUGAUGUAACUCAAUUUUUUGAAAGAAUUGAGGAUGUUAUUGUGCAGGCUGAUGAAGUUGAUGGUAAAUACUUACAGUUUGAGGGUGGAUUAGGAAUUACAGCUACAACAAUAAGUGGGGUCUACAAACUGGCCACAGUUUCUAAAAAAGCUCCUGCUCUUACUCCUGAACAAGCUAUCAAGUUCACAAACUAUUUCUUGAGUAGGAAAUUUGUUCAGAGUGUUAAAGGUGCUGCCCAGCUCUUAGAAGUGCUCAAGAUUUUCACUACAAAUAAGUUUCAUAUCCCUGUUGCUCUUACACUUGCUAGUAACAGUGCCUUAUCUGAUGAAAAUCCUAAUAUUCAAGUUCGUAUAACAAAUGUAUUAGGCUCAUCCUUGGGACCUUUAACUGUGACUGUAGAUAAUGCUAAACGAAAUGGAGAUGAUGUAGUAGUUAUGAGUAAAAAAGCAUUCCAACCAGUGAAGGGCAGCAAUAUCCUUUAUACUUUGAAUUUCCUGGAAAACAAGCCUCUGCGAGGUUUCUACACUGUGACUAUCAGUGCUGUUCCAAGUAAAGCUGACCCUAAAUUAAUUGGAAAUGCCGGAGCUCAAAUUAGCGUUAAAGUCAUGACUGAAGUUACAGUUGAAGGAGCAGAAAUUGGAACUGCUUAUCGAGAUCAAGUAUCAGCUACUAAGACUACAAGUAUCACUUAUCCUCAAAAAAGUGUUAAGUUGGAUGUAGAUAAUCACCAAAAGAUUUUCAUGAAAUUUGCAUUGAAAGACAAGAAUGCCAAAACCGCAUUGGUCGCUCAUCAAGCAUUUGUCCAAUUCACAAAUCAAGAGACUGGUCAAGAAGUGGUUUUUGUGACCGAGCCAGAUUCUUCAAGCAUAUACAGAUUUGACUUAGAUGUUUCUGUAAAGGGUAAAGAUUUCUUGUAUUCAUCUGGAGUUUAUGACAUCAAUCUAAUUGUCGGUGAUGCUGUUUUGAAGAAUCCAUUUGUGUGGAAAAUGGGAGAAGUAACAUUUAGUUUCCCAGGAACACCUCCCAUGAAAUCUCCUGAAAAUCCUUAUCAACCAAAGCCAGAAAUCAGACAUAUGUUUAGAGAAAAAGAAAAGAUACCUUCUUCAUUAGUUUCAAAUACCUUCUCUGUUUUGUGUGUAGCGCCUCUGUUACUGCUACUUAUACUGUGGAUCAAACUAGGCGCAAAUCUUUCGAAUUUUCCAUGUUCAAUAUAUGCUGCAGGAUUUCACACAGGAUUAUUGGCUAUAUUUUGCCUUUUUGCUUGCUUCUGGAUGCAUCUAAAUAUGUUCUGUACAUUGAAAUAUUUAUUAGGAAUUGGGCUUUUUACCUUUGUGUCUGGUCAUAAAUUGCUAAGUAAAUUGGCAGCAGAAAAAUAAAGGCAUUCCGAAACAGUCAUUUGCACUUGGAAUUGUUUCACCUCAUCAAGUUUAUUCAUUGUAUAUAUUUCAAGUGUCCAAUGUCUGUAGGACUAAAUACUUAUUUUGAGUGGUUGUUAUUUGUAACUACUGGAACAAAAUAAAACAUUUUUUUAUUUAU